UGCUCAAGUCGCGCGCUGCGAACGAAUAAUGCGUUCAUGCGUGGAAGUGAGAAAAGCGCCCCAAUAAUCAGCUGUAAACCGCCUGUCGAUUUCAGGCAUCCCCGUUUGAACUGAUUUUCUUAUUUUUUAGCAACCAGGUAGUUAAAGGCCACUGAAAUCUUAACAACAGUAUAACAGUUCGAACUAUGGAGUUUCGCGUAAAGCAGCCUGAUCAACCUGACAGGGUGCUCAAAGAUUUUGACCCAACGUCACUAGGGCUUGGCGCCGACUUUCGGUUAACGCGUUUUGCUUCAAUGAAAGGAUGAGGCUGCAAGGUGCCCCAGAAGGAACUGGACGAUCUUCUAAAAUCGAUAAGAAAUCAAACCCUUGCGAUCGAUCAUUCAGACAACGAUUCUGGGAAUUCUGUCGACAUAGGUAUGGAUUGUUGCGUUAUUCCGUUGGAGGACUCCGGAUUUUCUCUCGUACAAACAAUCGACUAUUUUUAUCCGUCCGUUGAAGACCCUUACGCAAAUGGUCAAAUAGCCUGCGCAAAUGUCCUGUCGGAUCUCUAUGCCAUGGGCAUUACUAAAUGUGACAAUAUGCUUAUGGUUCUUGCCGUAGCUCGCGAAAUGACACCUGAUGAACGUGAAAAGGUUGUCCCGCAGUUGAUGCGUGGUCUGAACGAUCAUGCUAUAAAAGCUGGCACACGUAUCCGUGGAGGCCAAACCAUUCUGAAUCCUUGGCCGAUUAUUGGGGGUGUAGCCACUGCCUGCGUGCAUCGUGAGCAAAUCGUUAUGCCUGAUAACGGCGAAGCUGGUGAUGUUCUUGUGUUGACGAAGCCUCUGGGAACACAAGUGGCUGUCAACGCCCAUCAAUGGUUGGAUCGUGGAGAGGAAGGAAUGAAGCUUUUAGGCGGAAUGUCUGUGGAAAGCGUCAAAAAACUUUACUUCCGCGCACUCGACAGCAUGUCGCAUCUCAAUAAGACCGGUAAUUCGAUAGAACCUGGUUAGGCCGUGUUUUUUUCUUAGCUCUUUGUGUAGUGCGUUUUACUUGUUCUAUAUGGAGCCCAUAGUACACUACGUUUUCCCUAUUCUUACAGGCUUAGUGCUAGGCGUGUCCACUCGACACCUGUGUAAUGAGGUCGCUGUUGUUAUCAUACCAGACUUGCAGAUCCGGGAUAAAGGACCUUAUACAGUAUUUGGUUUUCCUACCGUUCGUGGUUGUGAUUUUUCUUUAUGUUGUUUUGGCUGUGGUCGUUAUAGAUCUAUAUCGUCCUGUAGGCAUCGUAUAGCUCUCUCUCUCUCCCCCGGCAAAAGAUCCGAAAACAGUACCUUAGCGGGACAGUACCUUUGCGAGCACGAAGACUGCUUCAAUGAAAAUAGCUCUACAUGCUUUAACUAUACUUUUGGAUUGUUCACGAUAGGUCGUAAACGAUGUUUUCCUGUUUUUGUCUAGAGCAGUAUCUGCUCAUCUUGGCAGCAUACAGCGCUACGAUUUCUACCACCGGUUAAAGGCGAGGUCUCACAUCGUUGAGAACCGACUUGCGUACAAUUCCGCGGUAACGUUCUUAUCAAACUGCAACAGGAGACAUCUUUUUUCACGCCAUAAUCAUUCAGUUCGUCGUAUUGAGUGGAUUCUUAACAUAUCGUGUCAGGAAAAUGUUGAUUAUAGAGCUUUCUAUCUAUGUAGAAUCUUCUAAUCUAGUGCUGGCAUAGCCAUCGACCUGUAGCCAUACCGUGAGUGUUACGAACUUUGGUUAACCACGAUUUUCUGCUGAAGCCUUUUUGUGAUAAAAACCUCAACAACUUUGGUGGCAGGCGCAUUAAGGAAAAAAGUGGGUCUAUACACCAUUCCAUUUAUUUUUACCGCUCGUGGAAUCAGGGCCAUCUCCGUUUCUUUCAGAGAUCGUCUUCGGAAGAGACAUUAAGUAGUUCCAGUCGUUUAUUGAUGAGUAGCUUACAGGCCCGGCAGGACCCAUCUGGCUCCAAAAAGCUCGCUACCAGUGGCUUCUUCCGGUUUUU